UCUAAGACAGGAGACUUUUGUAAAGUUCUCCUUUCAGUGAGCUUGACAUGGGCAAGGGUGAGUUUUUGCCAUGUCAUUCUGUUUUAACCCAAAGGAAUAUAAACAUUGAGCCUCUCUCUCUCUCUCAUUAUCACUCGUCUGCAGACUGCUGCAAGGCUGGCCAACACAGAUCCAUCUUCCUUCACAACCAUGAGGAUCAAAUUCCCCAUACUUGCCAUUUUCUUGGAGGUGGUCAUUAUAAUUUUAUUUGGGGUAUUUGUAAAAUAUGGAUAUGACACAGUGGACAGGAGACAAGUAUACCCACUCUUUCAGGAUGUUCAUGUGAUGAUAUUUGUUGGCUUUGGUUUCCUGAUGACUUUCCUGAAGAAAUAUGGCUUCAGCAGUGUUGGCAUAAACUUCCUGGUUGCAGCCUUGGGUCUCCAGUGGGGCAUCCUGAUGCAAGGAUUCUGGCAUAUGCACUCCAAUGAAAUCCGCAUCAACACUAAAAGCAUGAUCAAUGCAGACUUCAGCACAGCAACUGUCCUGAUUUCCUUUGGAGCUGUCCUGGGGAGAACAAGUCCAAUCCAGAUGCUGAUCAUGGCCAUUUUUGAAAUCGCCAUCUUUGCCUGCAACGAACACCUUGUCGCGUCAGUACUAGGGGCCACUGAUACUGGUGCAUCCAUGACUAUUCAUGCUUUUGGAGCCUAUUUUGGGCUAGCAGUAUCUCGGGUCAUAUACCGCCCUGCUCUGAGAGAUGGACAUAAAAAUGAAGGUUCUGUUUACCAUUCCGACAUGUUUGCUAUGAUUGGUACCCUUUUCCUCUGGCUGUUUUGGCCCAGUUUUAACUCAGCAAUUGCAGCAACAGAAGAUGCCCAGCAAAAAGCGAUCAUCAACACAUACUUUGCUUUGGCAGCUGGUACGCUCACAGCAUUCGCCACCUCUAUCCUGUUGGAAGGCAGAGGAAAACUGGACAUGGUGCACAUUCAAAAUGCUACCUUGGCAGGAGGAGUUGCUGUGGGUUCCUGUGCUGACCUGAACAUCUUGCCUUUCGGUGCAAUGUUAAUUGGCAGCACAGCUGGAUUCAUCUCAGUUGUUGGAUUCAAAUACUUGACUCCUUUCUUUGCCUCAAAGCUGAAGAUUCAAGACACCUGUGGAGUCCAUAACCUGCAUGGCUUACCUGGCCUUUUGGGAGGCAUUGCAAGUAUCAUUGCAGCUGCUUUACAAGUCGAGAACAAUUUAUCGACUGGUAUGCAGGCUGCUGCUCUGGGGUGCUCCAUUGCAAUUGCUUUGACAGGAGGAGCUUUGACAGGACUGAUUCUACAUUUGCCUUUCUGGGAGCAACCACCUGAUCAGAACUGCUAUGACGACUCCGUGUAUUGGGAGGUUCCCAUUGAAGAGCCAUCAUGGGAGAGCAGUUAUCAUUUACCAAGAGAGCCACAGCAAGCUCAGCAUUGAAGCACAGAAGGAACUAUACAUAUUUAGCUAUUUUCCCAAAGGUGUUUUCUGUUUCCGGUGAAAUAACUGGACCAUGCAUUGUUGUUGUUUUUUCAGCUUAUAUCUGCUUUAAUUUACUGCAAAAAUAAAACCAGAGCAAAAUGUU